GGUGGUGGUAGAGGAGAAGAGUCGAAGAGUAGAAGGUGGAGGUGGAAAUAGUGGACGUGGAGGGGGUAGGAGGGGAAGCGGGCGUGAAAGCCCGCUCGUCGAGUGGGAGCGCCGAGAGAGCAGAGGGGUAACAAGAUGGCUGCCGGUCAGUCGGUAUCGAACCGUCGUGCCGUCACGAGAGUUUUGCGGACCGCGCGCGGUCACGGCACUUCUCCGUGACCGACGAAUAGAGAAUUUAAGAGAGAGAGAGAGAGAGAAAGAGUGAGAGAGAGAGAGAAAUAAGAAAAGAAAAGAAAAAGUGGAGAGAGAGAGAAGAGAGAGAGAGAGAGAGAGAGAGUAUAAGGAAUAUUCAUUCGUACGAGAUAUAUAUAAAAAAGAACGACGUGUCUCCACCGAUGGAAUCGUUCUUCUCCCGGUGCGACGUACCCCUCGAGGUCGACGAUACCAACGUCUACGUUAAUACUUAUCUUCAUCCUAGACCAGUCGAGACGUAAAUCCUCGACUUUGGUCUUCAUUGACCGGCUCUACUCGUUAACGAUCCUCUUUUGAAAGACUACCCACUAAUGUCAGUGUCAUGUAACUGUAAUAAGAAUGAUAAGGGGAAAAAAAAAAAAAGAAAAAAACUGAUUACGUACUGCUCCAGUAUUGGAAAUUUUUUAAUGAAAUUUCUUUGGCAAAUUGAAAAUGAAUAGACGGCGUUAAAGAAAAUUUCUUUACUACGAAACAAUUGGUUUUAGAUUGUUAAAGAAAGAGGCCGAAGACAGAUCAGUAUCCAAAAUAUAAUUCUAUUUGAAACGUGAAAGAACAUUUUCUAAAUAUGGAUACUGGAACUAGUCAGAGUAAAAAACAAAUCCGUGUGGGUUUUUAUGACAUAGAAGGUACUAUUGGUAAGGGAAACUUUGCCGUAGUGAAAUUAGCUAGGCAUAGGAUUACCAAAACUGAGGUGGCCAUCAAGAUAAUCGAUAAGACACAAUUAGAUCCUACUAAUCUGGAAAAAGUUUAUAGAGAAGUUGAAAUAAUGAAGCAAUUGGAACAUCCUCAUAUUGUUAAAUUAUAUCAAGUUAUGGAAACUAAAAAUAUGAUAUAUAUGGUAUGUGAAUAUGCAAGUAAAGGAGAGAUAUUCGAUUACAUAGCACAAUAUGGAAGAAUGGGAGAACCACGAGCUCGGGCAACAUUUGCCCAAAUCCUAUCCGCUGUUGAAUAUUGCCAUGCGACAGGCAUAGCUCACAGAGAUUUGAAGGCUGAAAAUUUGCUCCUAGAUGCUCAAAUGAACGUUAAGAUUGCAGAUUUUGGUUUUAGCAAUAGAUUUGCACCAGGAGAACGAUUAAGUACUUGGUGCGGAAGCCCACCUUAUGCUGCUCCAGAAGUAUUUAGAGGAAAACAUUAUGCCGGUCCAGAAAUUGACGUUUGGAGCUUAGGCGUCGUGUUAUAUGUAUUAGUAUGUGGUGCACUGCCCUUUGAUGGAUCUACUCUUCAAUCAUUAAGAGAUCGCGUGUUGAGUGGUAGAUUUCGUAUUCCAUAUUUUAUGAGUACAGAUUGCGAAAGUCUUAUACGUAAAAUGUUAGUUUUGGAACCUGCGAAACGAUACACGAUUCCACAGAUCAAAAGGCAUCGUUGGAUGGCAGGUUCGGCAGAUACUGUUUGUUCUGCUAUAAUAACGAGAUCAUCACCAUCUAUUCAAGAACCUAAUGAACAAAUACUUCGACUUAUGCAUAGUUUAGGCAUAGAUAUUACACGAACUAGACAGUCCUUAGGAAAUAGCAGUUACGAUCAUCACGCUGCUAUUUAUUUCUUGUUACUUGAAAGAUUAAAGCAACAUCGUGUUAGCAGUACGACGAAUAAUAUUUGCUGGCCCACAGUUGCUAGAUCGAAAGAAGAUAAAUUUAAAUCAAGAACAAGGGACGAUGUUAGCAGAGGAGGUAAACGGUUCAGUUCAACGAGCUCUUCGACCGAUGAAGGUUGUUGCAGUGCUGAAGGAGAUCUAGAAGAAGGACCAAGCGGCGAUGAGUUAAGAGAAGCACAGAUUAAAUUAGAAGAGCACAGGCUUGGCCUAGACCAUGACAUAAGCCAACGAAUCGACAGUCAAAUUGUCAAUCGAAGAUUAAGCGAUUACCAACAACAUUUUGAUAGUCCACUUAUGGAUCCUAUUGAUCCUCCUAGUCGAACGACAUUGUUCCUUGCUGGUGGUAGCGGCAGUUCAUCGUCCGAUCUUUUCGAAUCUAGUUUUGAUUCUGGUUGUCCACCGGAUUAUACAGGAGCAAAUUGUUUUACCAGUAGUUUACCUUCUUGCACUCCACCGCCACCUAAAAGUCCAUCUCCAAUAACUGGUAGAAUAUCGCGAGCCUCACAAGGACGUAGAGCAUCCGACGGUGGACCAAGAUUACUUUUCUGUCAACAAGGAGGUGGUGACAGACCAACUACAAGGCAACGAAGUAUUCAAGAUUCAGGUAAAGCAAAAGGUCAUUUGGAUCUUGUACAUUUGAGACCACCGUCUACGCCACCUCAAAAUCAACCGCAAUUUAAAAUCCGCGGAGAUUCCGGUACCCAGUUACAACUAUUGGUACAACAACGUAUGUUACAACAGAAACGAAAUUUAUAUCACAGACAUCGUGCCGGUGGAAGUCCAACUCCUAUUCCAGUAUCAACCAAUACUACUAGUAGACGUAUCGAUCAUGUAUCGCGACAAGAUAGUUAUAAAAUGGCUCAGAGAACGCAAAUAUUACCACCUUUAUCUCAGGGACACGUCGAUCCUGAUUUUGAUAGAGAUAGGAAGCGAGAAGAAGAAAGAUGGAAGAGCUUACCAUCUCGCUUAGCGGCAGAUUGUCAGUUAGCUGAACGGACGCUCUUAUGGAGUCAACAGGUCGGACUAGGUGGAGGGGCAUCAUACUUGCCACCCGGCAGUGUUGGGGGGUUCUUGUGGCCCACUACAAACAACACGCAUUCAACCAUUUUUGAAAAUGCUGGGGAUCAAAUGGAAUAAAUAUCUGUCCUGUUGUAUUUAGUAAUAACUUAGAGAUUUUGAGUCUGUAAAGCUAGAUUAAGAGACACAACCAAUAUAAUAAACAAUAUUGCCUUCCUAGUCUUUCCACAUGAUGUUAUAUUAGUAUUAUUGUGUACAUUUGAUCUUAGAUUUCAAGCAUGAAAUAUUGACGUAUACAUAUUUUCUUUAUAGUAACGCUUUUACGUUAAACAAUAUUGUAUUCUCUAGCUUACACACCCAGAAUCUCUAACCACGUGGAUAGUACAUGUUACUGAAUGUCAAAAAUUUAUAUGGUUUUUAUAAGCUCUCACUUACGUAGAAUAUGUCAUUAUCUGACAACAAUUACAACAAUUAUCCUUGUACACAAAUCAUAUCUAACAGUACAGGGUUAAUCUUUUUAUGCAAAAUGCAAUAAUUAUAAAUAAGAUAUUAAAAUUGAUUUAAAGAAAUCUUUGUCAUACAGUAGCAUGUGCGCCUGCCUUAUUACAUGACUGAUCCGAUCGGUCGAAUAUCCAAUUAUAUCAUAGACUGAUAAUUAACAACAAUAAAACACCAAUCAAAUUCAUUUUGAGAAUAUAAGCGGCAUAUGUCUUUCUUCGUGAAUGUUAUUACUAUGAUGUUUUGAUUGAUUGGCUAUUGCAGGCAGAAUAUUCAAUUGCUUAUUCUUUUAGGAACAUAUUAUUUAGAUCACACAUAUGAUAAACUCUUAUCAAAUUUCUAUCAUAUAAAUGUUACCAAUGAUAUUCUCUACUGCCACUGAAUGAGAAGAACGCAAGUGUUCACAAAUCAAUGACAAGGUAUUAUAAACGUGUUUUUUAAUGUAAGCUGUACGGAUAUGUAGUAUUUACUUUUUCAAUGAUGGAAAAAGUAUCAAUAUGAUCGAAUAAAUUAAAAUCGUUACACAUCGAUAUAAAAAGGAAGACAUAUGCUACUUUUACAAUUUUAUUUUUUUUUUUUUUUUUUCUUUUUUUUCUUUUUGUUUGGACUAAUAAAAGAGAGUGGAAAUCACCAAUAGAAAUAUAAUUGUUCUUAAUACAUUUCAUUGUUGUUGCUUUAAUUAGAAAGAAAUACUUUAAUGAUAUUGAAUGUACAAAAAUUAGAAUAUGUUUUUAAUCCUUCCACUCUUUUUAAUGGUGCAUAACGUUAUAUUAGGAAAUAAUCAUAAUAACAAAAGAAAACAAUAAUAUUAGUGGUAAAAUGUAGUUGGCAUGUAAGAAUAUGAAAGAAGUGCUGCAUUCUGUAAAAAUGUUUAACAGAAGUCAUUAAAUAUAUAUGCUUUACAAAUUCAUGCAUGAACUGUUAUAAGAGACCAGAUUUGAGAUGCUUUGUCUAAGUGUAGUAUAAAAAGAAAAAAAAGAAAAGAAAUUAAAAAAAAAAAAAAAAGAAAAGAAAAAGAAACAAAAAAUACAAUGAUACAUAUGACAUAGGAAGAUGGAUAGAGCACAGAACAAUAAGAAAAGAAAACUUUUAUGGCAAUCAUUAAAUUCAAUAUCUUAAUUGUCAACUGUUUUCAUCAAACCAAAAAAGAACAAAAAAAGAAAAAAAAAAAAAAAGGACAUAUACACUUUUUAUAUGUUUCCAUUUUUUUAACAAUAGGUCAAUUUUACUCAAGGAUUCUUGUCCAAAGCUCAGAGCAUCAAAAAUUUCAUGUUUACAAUAAUAAUAAUGAUGAUGAUGAUUUUAAUGAUGUGAGAUACCCAAGAGACUAAAUUUUUUUAAAUGAAGCUUUUGUAUUUUUACAUAGAUUUUUUAGCUUUGCACGGUCGUAUCUGUUAGGGAAAGAUACAUAUAAACGAAAUGGUAUCGAACGAAAAAUGU